AGAUACAUAUCUUCAAAAUCAAUUGAAGAAACUUACAUUAAAUUAUCUCCAAUUGAACAUGUGCUUAAGAGACCUGAUACUUAUGUUGGUUCGGUUGAAACUGUGACCGAAAAACAAUGGAUUUAUAAUGCCGAAAAAGAUAAGCUUGAAUAUAAGGAAAUAAAUUAUGUACCAGCUUUUCUUAAGAUUUUUGAUGAAAUACUUGUUAAUGCUGCUGACAAUAAGAUGCGAGACCCCUCAAUGAAUCAAAUAAGCGUUAAUAUUGAUAAAGAUGAUGGUCAAAUUUCUGUAUACAAUAAUGGUAAAGGCAUUCCGAUCGAAAUCCAUAAGGAAUUAAAUGUCUAUGUACCUGAGAUGUUGUUUGGUCAACUUAUGACAUCAUCAAAUUAUAAUGAUGAUGAAAAGAAAUUUACUGGUGGAAGAAAUGGUCUUGGUGCGAAAUCUGCAAAUAUAUUCAGCACUAAAUUUACCGUUGAAACUAUUGACAUGGCCAAGAAAAAACAAUAUGUUCAGUCUUUUUAUGAAAAUAUGACAAAAACUGAUGAACCAAAAAUCACUGCUUACGACAAAAAAGAAGAAUACACCAAGAUAUCAUUUAAUCCAGAUUUUGAAAAAUUAGGAAUGUCAAAGUUGACCAAUGACACAAUUGCUUUAUUAAAUAAACGUGUAUAUGAUAUAGCAGGAACAGUAAAAAAUGUCAAGGUUUUUCUUAACGACAAACAAAUCCAAACAAAAAAUUUCAAAGAAUAUGUACAAAUGUACUUGAAAUCAAUUAAUGUAACUGAUGGCGAACCAUCAAAAACUGAUGUAGUCCAUCAACAAUUUGGAGAUCAUUGGGAAGUUAGCAUUGCGCCCAGUAUUGAAGGCCAAUUUCAACAAGUAAGUGGCACUCACGUUAAUCAUGUUAUUGAUCAAAUAGUUACAAAACUUAUUGAAUGCAUCGAAAAGAAAAAUAAGGAUCUUAAAGUUAAACAUUUUCAGAUUAAAAAUCAUAUUUGGGUGUUUGUUAAUUGUUUAAUUGAAAAUCCUGCUUUUGACUCUCAAACUAAAGAAAUUAUGACAUUGAAACAUCACUCCUUUAGACCAAAAUGCAGAAUAGAUGAUAAUUUUAUUAAAAAAGGUAUACAAACAUAUCUUAGAUUAUAUUGUUAG